AUGAAGUGUACAGCCCGUUGGUGCAACACCAGGGGCGUCGUGGCGGCGAUGGAGCGCGCGCAUCGCCACGUGCCAAGGCAAACCUUUGCGAACUGCCCUGCCGCGGACGAUGAGGCGGAGCACUCGCACACACCUCGGUACGUCAUUCCAGACCUGCAGCGGUACGCAGAGCGGCAGCAAGAGCACCAGCACCCCCACAAGCAAUCACUGAGCGAAUUGCCACGGCUGAAUGAACACGUCAUGAGCACCUCUACCGCCGUGCCGCCAACCCUCGCCCAGUUCAUUCACACCGCCAAGACCGCCUUCGAAACCUCCUUGGCGUCCUUUCAGCAUCAACUAUUGGUCUCGCAGCCUGCGGCCCAAUCAGCUGGUGAAGACACCGCUAGGUGGCUCCCACAACCCCCUGUGGAACAAACUGGUUGUGGGAACCGCAGCGAACUCGCGGCAGCUGUGCGCAGCUACAACCCAACACUCGACCGGGCACUUAUUCAGCGGAUCGCCGCUCGGCUUGCAAUCGCGGACACUCUCCGCAUCGCGCGUCAGUUUGCCCGCUACCUUCAAGAAUCUGCAGCUGCGGCAAGAGACGGGGGGAAUGCCGGGAGCGACGACGACCACCAAGUGACCGCAGCGCAGGCGGUGGCACUUCUUCGCCGCGCUGUGGAUGUGUGCCGUGAACGUUAUGUGCAGAAUUCAGCGGACAUGCGUACAACCCCAUGUCCCAUGUCGCCGCGUCUCUGGGCCCUGACAUCAGCAGCCCGUGAAAGCGCUGGGAUUGCAGCGCACCUUCACUACUCCACCUCUGCCACGGCAAAACACGCACAUCGACGGCGUCGACAGCCUCAUCGCUGCUUCCUCCGCUACACGAGUGAUGUGCAGGUGAACGAGGUGCUGCUCAAUGGCGCAGUCGUCACCUUCACGCACGCGACGCAGCCUGAGGAAGUUGGAAGCCGCGCAGGUCCUGCAGAGGGCAAAGGGACGAAGGGAAACCCCGACACUUCAGCAGCAGCAGCCAAGCCAAAACGAACUCCACCUUGCUUUUCGGCUCCCCCUUCCUUCCGUGAGUCGCUGGAGUCGUGUCUCACCUCUUCUCCAUCCGCUGUGCACCUGCACUUUGUGCUGUACCGUCGCGGUGUCUCCCUGGGGGCAGCCAUUGCAGACAUCGUGGAAGCCAGCGAGGGACUUAUCUCCGCGCACGACGUCAGCGUCAACAUUCACAUACCAGAGAAUGACAAACACGUUGUUGUGCAGGCUUGCAGCGUUCGCGUGGCGCUGCCGGUGUCGACGCAGCCUUGCGGCGUUGAAGACGCCGUGCAACACUGUCUGCACGCCGCCCGCUCCAUUGUGCAGAUCAACCUCGCGAGAGGGACGCCAAGGGUGGCCCUCCAGCUCCUUGCGUGCCGCACAGACGCUUGCGGGGAGCAGCACACCGCGUCGCAGGUGCUCGAUGAGUCGCCUGUCCGGCUGCAGUACGCCCUUCUCCUGCACGGCUUUGAGCAACGUGGAGGGCCUGUGAACCGCCUCGAUCAUGCCUCCCUGGCGUGCGCCAUGUGCAUCCCGAACUACUUUUCCCCGCAUCACUUCGGUGCGCCCGCCGUCCCUUUCUUCCGCACCUACCACGUGACGGAGGCCCUGGCGAAGCGCCACUACGCGGAUGCGGCUGUCAUGAUGGCCUGCCUUGAGGUGGAGGCCGUAGCUGAGGCAAGCACGGAGGUACCGCCUUGGCUUGCGCGCGCGUUGCAGCUCUUGUGCCGUGGCGAGGACCGCGAAGGGGUGUGGCAGGCGUGGUGGAUUCACGAGGUACCAGCGGCUAUGCGGCGACGCAUGGUUUGCGCGAAGAGCGAUCUGGUAUGGAAUGUGGUGGCGAGCCUCCGGCUUCAGGAGCUCGUGGUGGCGACGGGCGGACGUCGUGACGUUCUGCACGCGGCGGCACCGAACCCUGGCGACUUUGUCUUUCAGGCGGAGGAAGCAAGUGACAGUGAUGUGAGGUCAGCAACCCUCGGACCGGUGGCACUGAGCGCGCCGGUAACGGCGGUGUACACCCAGGCGCAGGCGGCUCGCUACAGCGUUCAUGACAUCGCGCUGCCGCUUGUCUUGGACGCCAGCAGCGAAUUCGAGGGGUGUGAAACCCUGGCCGACAUCGAAGCGCAGCUGGGCUUUACCCAUGACCGUCGUCACCAUUCGUCUCUGCCUGCGGUCCCGCAGGCAAACGAAACAGUGUUUCGUCCGCUCUUGGUAGAGGCGACCGGCUAUCCUCGCGCCGCUCGGCCGUGGUGCCGAUCCUUCCCGGAGCCGUCCGUGGGUCCUGCGUUUGGCCGCCCCAAGGCAGCCCUGGAGAGCAAUGCUACCGUUUUUGCCCUCGCCACGGACUGGGAUCUGGCGAGUCAGACAGCAGUAGCUCGCGACUACGCUGCCAAGUCACGCGGGCCGCGCGCGUGUGUGUGGCCGCUAAGUAAGCGUGGUCGCGUCCUCACGGAUCGCCUGCCUGCUGGUCUCAUGACGGUGGCUUCGGCGGAUGGAUCGUCGUUGCUGGGGGGCGCAAGCACGGCAAGCUAUUAUGGGUCCCGUUGCCUCGCCAUUCAUUGCACGCUCCCAGCGCGCGUGUCUCUGGCUAACUUUGUUUCGGAGUUGGCCGCGGUGGAGGACCUGCGUGACUCGCCAGCGUAG